AUUAAAGACGGCAACUCUGCCUGCACAGCAUUGACCGCCGCCUUCGCUCCUCCACCUCCCCGCUCGCUCUCCUGCCUCCGCGCGGGCCGCGGAUCCCUUCACUCGCCACAGCAAGCGCUAGAAGAGGGAAUGGAGCCCGGCCUCGCAUCCCGCGUCGCCCGUUCAGCCGCUCAGCCGCUUUCCGGCUGCCUGUCGCGGCACUCGCUCUCGCCGUGGCUCAAGAUCCAGAACCACAUUUAUCCUAUGCCAAGUCUCUGUCACAAGGUUCCUAGCACGGGAAAAUGCCACGCUUCUAUGACAACAAGUUACAUGGAAACAUCAGAUGUCACUGAUUUGGACUGGGAAAACCUUGGCUUUGGCCUCAUCGAGACUGACUUUAUGUAUGUUGCAAAAUGUGGAACUGAUGGAAUCUUUUCCAAAGGUGAAGUCCUACCAUUUGGUCCUAUAGCACUGAGUCCUUCAGCUGGAGUCUUAAAUUAUGGGCAGGGAUUGUUUGAAGGCCUAAAAGCAUAUAGGAAAACUGAUGGGUCCAUCCUUCUAUUUCGUCCAGAGGAGAAUGCUAUAAGGAUGCUAAGCGGUGCAGAGAGGAUGUGUAUGCCUGCUCCAACUGUUGAGCAAUUCGUUGAUGCUGUUAAACAAACUGUUUUGGCAAAUAAAAGAUGGGUGCCUCCUACUGGUAAAGGUUCCCUAUAUAUCAGGCCACUCCUAAUAGGAAGCGGUGCAGUUCUUGGUCUUGCGCCUGCUCCUGAGUAUAGCUUUAUCAUUUUUGUAUCCCCUGUUGGGAAUUAUUUCAAGGUCCGUAUUGCGUUUCCUUUUACUUCAAAUUCCACCAAAAUUUGUAGGCACUAGUCACUCAUCCAAAAUGUAAACUGGAGUACUGGGCUUAGAGCAAAUCGUUACAACCUGUGUUCUUUCCUGCUCAGUGGACAGUGAUACAGGAUAGCUUAAUGGAAGGUUUAUCUCCUAUUAAUUUGAUCGUUGAGGAUAAAUUUCACCGUGCCAGCCCUGGUGGAACUGGAGGUGUGAAAACCAUUGGAAACUAUGCCUCGGUACUGAAAGCACAAAAGAUUGCAAAGGGGAAAGGAUAUUCUGAUGUCCUUUAUUUGGAUGCUGUUCAUGACAAAUAUCUCGAAGAAGUCUCUUCCUGCAAUAUUUUUGUUGUGAAAGACAAUGUUAUUUCUACGCCUGCCAUUAAAGGAACAAUACUUCCUGGUAUAACGAGGAAAAGUAUCAUUGAAGUUGCUCAGAGCAAAGGUUUCAAGGUUGAGGAGCGUCUGGUGUGUGUAGAUGAGUUGAUUAACGCUGAUGAAGUUUUCUGCACGGGGACUGCUGUUGUGGUGUCACCUGUGGGGAGUGUUACAUAUAUGGGGAAAAGGGUGGAAUAUGGCAACCAAGGAGUCGGUGUCGUGUCUCAGCAACUAUACAAGUCACUUACAAGCCUCCAGAUGGGCAAUGUGGAGGACUGGAUGGGUUGGACCAUGCAACUUAAUCAGUAGCGGAUCACAGAUAUUGCCUUGGCAGAUCCCAGAUUAUUACAGCUACUGGGUGCGAUAGGGUUUUUUUUGGCAGAUCCAUCUUGAGCAUAUUUGACUGUACCUGUUUCCCUUGAGACUAAGACGAAAGUGAUCUUACUGAUCUUUUGUUUCAAAUCUGUAACGAUAAAAUAAAAUGUGGUUUGCACCUUGCCAUGUACUGUAAGAAUGGACCCAAAAAAAAAUUCAUGCUGCUGUUGCUUGAUAUCUGAAACUGUUUAUUUGCUGCAGCAGCAAUAAUCUUGUCUCUGCUCGGCGUAUGGCACAGAGUUUUUGCUUUGUACAGAUCCAGUCGAUAUGUUGAUGCUGUUCUAUAAUUUGCCGAAGCAUACAAUUUAUUUGAUUCCGUUCCUACUUUUGCCUCUCCGGAUGAAAAAUGCAGGGAUAAAAACUUGCUUCGGUUGGUUGAUCUUUCACCAAACGUCACUAGGUUCUUGUUGGGUUGCAUCCAAUCCUUUUCAGUCCACUUCUAACCGAACAACAAAGUCUCGUGUGUGGGAGUUGUGAGCCCGUUUAUUUUUUUUUCCACUUCUAAUCGAACAAGCUCCCUGUGUGUGUGAGAGACUCUGAGCUAUCAGCCCGCUCAUUCAGGAGACAAUUCACGUGAUGAUUUAAACAGAGAAACAAAUCGGUCCAGGUGUCAGUGUCACUGGCACAGUGGGUGGUAUGGUACCCAGGGAAAGGCAAGUGCGUCGUACCCUGUACACGCAGGCUGGCACAGUGGGUGGUAUGGUAAUUGGUACCCAGGGAAAGUCUCUCCCAGUUCCAGGCUCCAGCAGUCACUCAGAGCCAGAGGAGAGAAUUCAAAUUCGCAGCGCAGCGCCCUCAUUUUGUCAUUACGUUGCUCUGCUCCUGGCUCACCUCACCAGCGAUCACUACCGGAGCAGGCCAUGAAGCUUAAGAUCAACAAGGCAUGCGACCUCGGCUCCAUCUCCGUCCUCCCUCCCCGUAGGACCGGUGGGAGCGGCGGCGCAGGAGGGGCGGGUUCCUCCGCCGCGCCCGUGGCGGCGGGGUCGCAGCAGAGGUCGCAGCCGAUGUCGCAGCACUCCUUCUCGCAGGGCGUUGUGGGGAGCGGCGGCGCGUCGUCGCUCCUGCACUCGCAGUCGCAGCUCUCGCAGGCCUCCCUCGACGAGAAUCUCCUCACCCUCCACCUCGCCUCGCCCGCUCGCGAUCAGAGAUUCGGGUUCCAUGACGACUUAUCAAAGAAGAUGACAUCGUUGCCUGUCAGCUCGGCUUCUUGUGUGCGAGAAGAAUCUCAGCUGCAACUGGCAAAAACAUCAAGCAACCCUGUCCAUCGAUGGAACCCUUCUCUUCCUGACGGUAGAAGUGUGGGUCCUACUGAGGAUGUUGAGCGCAAAUUUCAGCAUAUGGCAAGUUCAGUGCAUAAGGUAGGGAUGGUGCUUGAUUCAGUGCAAACCGACGUUAUGCAGCUAAACAGAGCCAUGAAGGAAGCCACACUAGAUUCUGGAAGCAUACAGCAAAAGAUUGUUCUCCUAGACGCUUUGCUGCAGAAAAAUCUUAAGGGACAAGAUGAUCUCAAAGCUCUUGUUGAGAGCAACACCAAAAGCAUCUCCGAUCAGCUGACUGUUCUGAACUCCUACUCCAACAAACUGGAUGAGAUAUCCUCAACCCUUUCAAUCUUGCCAAAACAAAUAGAAACAAAUUUGAAGCAACAGCAGAGUGACACCUUCCGAAUUUUUAGAAAAGACAUGGAGGAGAUUGUUAGAGCUGUUAGAUCUCUCAACAAUAAGAUUGAUGCAAUCCAAAUGCCAACAGACCAGAGCUGCACAACCAAUGGAAGGCCCCUGAUGAACCAACUGCCAGUCGAUAGAAAUGAAAGGCCCCAGGUGAACCAAACACCAGAGGUAACCCGGGUGAGCCAAACACCGGUAGCAACCAUGGCGAACCAAAGACCAGUAGCAAAAGGAAGGCACCUGGUGAGCCAAACACCAGCAGCAAAUGGGAAACCUCUGACGAACCAAACAUCAGUAGCAAAUGGAAGAUCCCUGAUGAGCCAAGUACCAGCAGCAAAUGGGAAACCUCUGACGAACCAAAUAGCAGUGCCAAAGGGAAGACCCAUGAUGAGGCAGAAAACAGCAGAAGGAGGAAGGCCCCAGAUGAACCAAAUACCUGUAGCAGAUGGAUGGCCCCAUACAAACAAAAUACACGCGCCGGAAGUGCGGCAUCCCGUACCUUUGGUGUGCCCUGCAGCAGGCCCGAGGCCGAAGGUAGAGGAGGGAAAGCUGAGAGCGGUUCCCCAAAAGCUAACUGGUUGUAGAUCCAGGGUGACACCUAAACAGGAAGAGGCGGCGACGAAUACAAAGGUCGUCGUCGGCCGGGCAGCGGCAACUGAGAAGGUGGUGAUAUUCAUCGACGACGACUCCGACGAUGGCGGCAGCGAGGCCCUUGCUUCCUGCGUGAUCCUGAGGCCGGCGCCCCUGGGGUCAGGUGCAGGUGAGUGCGACCUGGUGAAGGUGGGCGCGGAGGAGAGCCAGGAGAUCCUGAGGAGGGCCAGGAAGCGGAGGAGAAGAGAAAUGCAGGCCAUUGUGGCCUGCAUGCCGCCUGAGCUUGGGUACUAGUAGCUAGCUACUUCUCAUAUCAAUAUAUCAUGGAUGGAUGGAUGCAGUUCCUAAUCGAGAAAAAGGGAUAGUUAGUUGUGUGGUUUUGUUGUUGCGAUGGAAUGAAUCGAGCAGCAUGGAUGGAUUGGUUGAUUAUUAUAUCAUCUAUAAUAGGGGUAA